UACAAACUGACGUUUAAAUUGUUUGUCAGCUGAUCAUGUGACACCGGCGUUGAAGGUUGACAGAUCGAUCUUUGUAAAUUAGGUUUUCGAUCUUUUUUAUCGGUUUUUAUAUGAUCGGAGAAUGUGUAAUAGAAUAAUAUCAAGCUCUGUAAAAUUUUAUCUUUUUGGUUUGUUAUUCUAAGAUGGGACCAUUUCAGUUUACGAAGUUAUCAGUCGACAUAGGCAAACGAAUUUUAAAAGGCCUAAGCAAAUAAUCUAAUGAUAUUCAAGACACAUAAACUCUCUAAAAGUACGCAUAUAUCCUGAGAAACUAACUAAGCAAAUAAUACAAUCUUCUAAAUAAUUUAAAGUCACAUAAACGAGGGUAAAGUAGAACAAACAUUCAUCCCUUAUUAGGUUUGUUCUCACAGCGUGUUCCCAACAUGUUUGUGACUUCUUCCAAACCGGUGUUAAUGCGCAGGUCUCAAAUAAUGCACUUUCUGAUCGAUUUCAAACUGUCUGUGCGAACAGCGGAUCCCCUACUCUUCUUUUUUGAUCUAAUACCACUAACUGCCACUAAUUUUAACUCCUACGUAAUACCGAAUAAAGAAGAAACGAACAGGGAAUUAACAUCGCUUUUCAACAGAAGAACAAUCCUUAACCUCGCUUUACUUUUGUUUUUUAGUAAUUAGUACUUGAGUCAAAAAAUAUUGUUUGAUAUUGUUCCUAGAAAAUUAAUAAAACCACCGUCACCGCUGUGCUGUAUAAUUAUGGAUACUAGAAGCUGUGAAUCAGGACUCUCAGAGUUUCUUGUAUUUGUACCACCGGCAAAGGCAACUGAGGCAUCAACAAACCAGGAACUAAGUGAUACAUCUCCAGCUCCAAUUACUUGGUCCACAAAUCAAACCAAAGUACUUUUAGAUUUGUACCAAAAAUAUAGAGUGAGGGUUGGUACUGCACAAAUAAAAAAUUUCAAAAAAUUGUGGGAAAUUCUAGCAAAAGAAUUAAAUGGAUUGCUUAGAACCAACGUUACAGCUGGUCAUGUAGAAAAUAGAUGGAGAGUUUUAGAAAGAGCAUACAAACGAUACGUGGACAAUCAAAAUAAAACAGGCCAGGGAAAGAAAUAUUUUGAAUAUUUAGAAGAAAUGGAUGCAAUCUUUAAAGGAAAGAAAAAUGUAAAUCCGGUUGUUCUACUCUCAAGCGAAUCUGUGCAGAAAAUGCCUGACAAUCAAUCAGAGGAGUCCCUAAAAUUCCCAGAAACUCCAAGAAAAGCCACUACAUUACAAGUACAAGAAGAUAGAUCAAAAGAGAAAAGGACCCCAUUGCUUAAUAGAAAUGUAACAUUAGUUCACAUGAGACGGGACAAAAAGGAAUAUUAUGAGGCUCGAUUGUUGAUAGAGAGGGAAAAAGUUGAUAUUCUAAAGGCUAAGGUUAAGCUUAUGGAAGAAAAGAAUACACUACUGGGGGAAAGAAAUGAAAUUUUAAAAAAGAAAAAAUGUGUUUUGUGUUCCCAGGAAUCUAUAUAGUUUGUUUUCCAAGUUAUUUUUAAUUUUCUUAUUCUUAUUUUUUUUAUUUUCCAAGUUAUUUAGGAGUAUUUACCAAAGAAUGUAGUUUUUGUUUAUAAUUGUUUUCAUUUGUGUAGGCUAAGGAAACUAUAAGACUGUUGCUGCAGGGUAUAAUGUAUAUUUUGUUGUUAAAAUAAAAUAUAAAAAAUGUAUUCACAUA